GAAUAGUACUGGCCAGGCCUUGUAAAUGGUAAUACUGUGGCGUUUGGGUUUUUUGCCCUCUUUGAGGCGUUUUUCCUCAAUCUCUGGGUUGCUAAGCUCGAAAGCUGCCGCUUGAAUCGAAAUUUCCUCCACACAUGGAAAGGUGUCGACUCUGUUUGCUUAAUCGUGAUUAUUCGUGUUUAUCUUGCUAAACGUUGAUAAAAUGCGAUAUGUCGGAUCGGUGUCGAGUAUUUUUGCCCGUUUCGAGUAAUACCUGGGACAGUCAAUGUCAGGUUUGUGAUAACAGAGGAAAACACGCCUUUCCGUUCAUGUAAGUGGCUAUUUUUAGCUUUUGAGUGCCGCAUUUUGCUGGAAGCUGGAUUGUGCCCUUAACCCGGAUUUUUUCGGAGGAAGUGAAUAAACCCCUGAGCCAGAGCCGCCAAAAUGGCCUCCACCGAACCGGCUGUAGCCGCCAACGUUUCGACUGAACCUGCCGACCCCGACACGAAAACCAUCUUCAAUCUACUAUCGAACCUCAAAGGCUCCGAAUCUGUAACCCCCCUCUACGACGAGGACAUUCUGAUCUUCAAGCGCGACCCUGCAACCAACCAGAACACCAUCAACAAGACCGCCUACUUGAAGCUCCAUAGAAGCUUGUCGCCUGGCAGGAACAGCACCAUCGAAAAAAUCAAGGGCAACUAUGAAAAACCGGAGCCAGCUGAAGAGUCAGUCGAGACUCUGAAGGCGAAGUACUCGCCCUCUGGAUUGGGGUAUGCAAAGCUGUCCCAACCAGUUCCAAAGCCCAGAAGGUCUAAGUUGACUAGAAGUCAGAUCAUCCUGCCCUCGAAGAGGGAACAGACCAAAGCUCGGUUAAGUUUGCACUUGGAGAAGAACAAGAAUAAGGACGUGAAUUCUAAUGAGGUGCUCGAUAGGAAGAGCGACGGCUCAAGCGAGGAGGAGUUUGUGAGCAUCGUCACCCGCUCUGACUCAGACGAGAGUGUUUCCAAGUUCGAAAAGGAACUAUCGGCUUUUACCAUGGACAAGAAGAAGCGCAGCAACAGCUUCCGCAAGAUUUUCUCAGUCUUUAGCAAUAAAGACAAGAAGAAGAAGCACAAGAACGAAACCAGCGUGAAUGGGGACAACUUGCAGAACAUGAACCAGGCGAAUGCCUUCAACAGGGAGGCUCCCCAUCGACAUACCACUGGAGGCGAGCCCAAGCUGCAAAAACCCUUCCAGUCUCCCAGCCUGGACGAAGAUGUUGCCCAGCUGCAGAUAAGCGAGUUCGAUCGCUGCAAGCAAAGCCUGGAAAACAUCCUGAAAAGUCCCCCAACCAACGGCUACGCCCAAUCGAGGCCAAUCUACCAGAACAACGACCCUUACAUGAACAUCCCGAACAUUCGCAAGUACAUCGACACCAGCUCAUCAGCCAGCACUUUAGAGUCGGAUCGCUCGAAUAUCUACCAGAACGAGAGCCUGGCAAGAUCAAGCCAACCCACCGAUGAUGAGGUGGAGAUUCGCACCUACCAAACCAACUCCUUUAGGCCCGGCCGCAUUUCCGAUGGCCGAAGAGACACUCCGCCCCGCCUGCUUGAAACCAAGCAGGAUGUUCGACUGGUCAACCCCAAGGCCCUGAUCCCGAUCAAUUCGGAACGACCGCUCCCCAACCCCUACCAGAACCUCAGGGAGGACUUCCGGGCGAAGCCAUUGCAGCAGAGCACCCCUAAAAGCCCCCAGCCGCGCCCCUAUAUGGAAGACGGCUAUGGGACAGUGCUGGAUAGUGUGGAUCGAAGAGGGUUGAAAGAGCCGCUGGAAGCCUCCAAGCUGAGGCUGCCGCCCAAUCGGGAAAUCGUGCCUUUGUCCCCACGGGUUAAGUCGCCCAUUCCCAUGGAUAACGUCAGCACUGAUAAGCUGAUUGCCACUGAGCUGCUGAAGCCCAAACGAUCCCCCACGCCUACCAAGCAGGCAGCGCCCAGCCACCAGCGGCUGGAAAUUGACAUCGACUACCCGGAGAGUCUGGUGGGGAAACCUCCGGCGUCCUCCAAGUCCCCAGUGCGCAGCCAGGCGUCGCGCAGCAGCAACGAGAGCGUGGUUUUGCGCCCCAAGGCCCCCGAAAAGCCCGCAAAAAUCACCACUGAUGUGCAGGUGCACAUGAACUCCCCCCUGAAUCGAACCCCAACCCCCAACCAGUCAAUGUCCGGCCAAAACCUUUCGCUCUCCCCAAUCAGGCCAACGAACUUGAGUCUCCGCCCAGCGACCCCCACGGGCUCCCAAAUGCCCGACUCUCCCAAAACCACGCCCCAGAAGGAGGACAUUCGCAAGAGCGUGGAGGCCUACUAUUGGAAGGAGAUCAAGAAGCUGAAGGACAAGGAGAACUACGAGCUGUACAUGCUGCAGAUGCACUACGGCCACCUGCAGCCUUAUGGCUAUGCAGAGGACCCCGCCAAUGGUAGGAGGUCGAGAAGCAUGUCGCCUUUGGCCGGCAGGAACGGCACCAGGAGAAGCCUGAGCUUGCCCAGAGAAAGUCGGGCAGCGCCCUCCAGCGUCAUGCCGGAGAACUACUAUCCGAGCGCCAUCCCUGAGAACAGAGCGGUGAUAAAUCGGGCGCAGCCCCGCAGCGUGCAGCAGCUGCAGUUUCAGCAGCAGCAGCAGCAGCAGCAAUACUUCCAGCGCAACGCGCCAGGGCGCAGCACCAUCGACAGCAGCCCCAGACGAUUGGACUCGAACACCAACAGCCUCUACCGGCCGAUAUUCAAGCGAGGCAGCCUGAGCACGCCCCCCAGUCAAAUGGAAGACCCGCUGAAGAGGAAAGUGAGUUUUUCGGGCGCCCAGACCGUGCAAGCGUGGCCCACGAAGAACGGCUUCACUCAGAGCCCGCCCCAGCGGCGGCUGGAGAAGCCCCAGAGCGCUGGGGACGAUGACGUGUUUCUGCCCAGCAGGCCCAAUGAGGAGCUGUACUACAACACAAGGGCGGAGCCUAUGUAUGUGCUGCGGCCCAAUCCGAACAAUUUGUACUUGCAUCAGCGGCAGCUCAGCGAGAGGUAUGGAGGCAGGGGCAAUCAGAGUGUUUCCCCGAAGUAUGAGGAGGCGCUCUAUGGGCAGCCGAUAGACGCUGUGAGGCCGGCAGGGCAGCAACAGGAGGAGAUGUACGUGCCGCGCCGUGUGUCCUAUCAAGGGGCCGCCCCCAGAGGGGCGGACGAGCAGCAAUACACCAUUAGGAGGCCGCCCAGCCAGCAAAUGGUGCGUAGGGAAGUGAUAGUGAGCGAUGGGAUCUUUGGGCAGUUUGGGGGCUACUCGGCCCCAAGGAACAACAUCCGCUUGGUGUCUCCCCAGAGCGUCUACAGCUCCAGGCAGAGCGUGGCCGAGCAAAACUCCCGGAUCCGGGAUGAGUACUACCUCCGACAGCCUCCAAGGCAGGUGUCGGUUAGCAACAAAGUCUGCGACUUUUACGGGCAGAUUCACGACGCCGACAAAGUUCAGAGUGGGGUGUUGAUGGGGCAGCUGCAGCCAGCCCCAGGAAGCCCUGCAGUCCUGCGCAACGCGCACUCGCAGAUGACUGGCCAGGAGAACUUUGUGCGGAACAGCCGCCUAACGGCCAGCGCCAAUGAUAUGUAUCGAAGAGUUCCAUUCCAAGGCUAUCCGGCUGAGACUUUGUAUGGGAGAAUCGAAUUGAAUGGGGCUCCCCAUGGGGCCCCGCUCGGAGCCCCGAAUCGCCCCCUGCCUCCGGUUCCUCUGAAGAAGCAGUCGGAUGAAAGUGGGUCUGAUGCGAGCGAAGUUCAGCGAAUUUUGAAGAGUUCCAAAACGCGCCAGCCGGCGAAGAAGCGCGGGGUAUUUGGAAAGUGAUCCAGCUGCUGAUUUGGGGCUAAAGUGGUUCUAAUUUUAGGCUCUGACAGUGAUGGUUGUGCCAAUGUAAUCUAAUCGCUUAGCGCAUAAUUCCACUUCUCUCCUGCUUGUUUACUUUCGCGAUCAAGCAAAAAACAGACAAAUUUACACUGAUAAAUUAUCAUUAUUUAUUUAAACGUUGAUCCACUUCUUUGCCUCGAGUACCUGCAAGCUUCAAGCAUCUGGUUAGCCAUUUUUACACACUAGCAGUAUUAAAUGUAAAUGCCUGUAGCUGUUUUCUGUUGUUUUUUUGGGUAAAAUGUCCACAAUGUCGCCGAAUUAUUUAUUAAUCCAAGUAUUGACUUCCAUGUAGAUUAGCGUGAAUUUGCCAAAAGAUUCUGUGUUAUUUUUACGAUGUUUGACCUAAUUUUUUUAAACUGUACUAGGAUGACCGCAUAAGGGUCCAACUGGUUUGUACAUUAAGAGGAACUAUUUUGUACUAUAAUUUAAUAAUAAAAUAUAUUAUUCUGUUU